AUGACCCAGGAGCAGUACAUCCUUGCAGCGCAGCCCAACCCGCUCCACCAACGGGGGGCGUCCAUGUGCGGUGCCCAGGUUUACCCAGCAGUGGGGAUCUAUGGCUGGAGGAAGAGAUGCUUGUACUUCUUCAUCCUCCUCCUCCUCGUCACCAUGAUCGUCAACCUUGCACUGACCAUCUGGAUCCUCAAAGUCAUGAACUUCACUCCGGAUGGCAUGGGGAAUCUACGGGUGACAAAGGAAGGUGUCCGAUUGGAGGGAGUGUCCGAAUUCCUGCUGCCUUUAUAUGUCAAAGAGAUCCAGUCUCGUAGGGACAGUCCGUUGGUCCUUCAGUCGGACAGAAAUGUGACCGUCAACGCAAGAAACGAUCAGGGACAACUGACUGGUCAGCUAAUCGUGGGUUCAGAGAUGGUGGAGGCUCAGUGUCAGAGGUUUGAGGUGAGGAGCCUUGAUGGAGAGAGAGUUCUGUUCUCAGCAGAUGAAGAGGAGAUAACUAUCGGCACUGAGAAACUUCGAGUCACAGGGAACGAAGGUGUGGUUUUCAGCCAUUCUGUAGAGACAUCCCAUGUUAGGGCAGAACCCUUCCAGGACCUGAAGUUGGAGUCGCCGACUCGCACUCUUACCCUUGAGGCCCCCAGAGGUGUCGAGAUCAACGCAGGAGUGGGAGACUUCACAGCGUCCUGUAGGAAAGACCUUCUCCUCCAGUCAUCAGAAGGAGAGAUCUUUCUAGAUGCCAACACUAUCAGACUGGGCAACAUCCCCCUUGGCAGUGCUGUGGACCCCCUGGAGGGGGCGCCUGCAGGUACCACCUACACUAAACAGACUGUCUACGAGCUGUGCGCCUGCGCCAAUGGAAAGCUCUACCUGUCCCCAGCUGAGAAAGGCUCUACCUGCCAAACCACUAGUAACUUUUGUCUCUGGAGCUGA